CAUUAUAGAGCCAGCCAGUUUGGCUGCCCUAAUCACAUGCUCAACUGUAUAAUGACAAUAGUACCCUCAUUGUGAACGUAGAGCUAGUUAUGGGUAAUUAUGUAAUUUCGUAACAAUUAAGUUGAUUCCACCACAAAAGUAUGGAGCGCUCCGAUCAAAAUGCCAACUGGACGGUGACCGUAGUACAGAGAAAAAAGGUUAAUUAAAGAAAAUUAAUAAAAAAAAAAAAUUCAUUCUAUUUCUCUCUCUAUCUCUUUUCUCUCCGAAAAAUUUCAGACCAAAACAGAUUGAAAAGAAAAAAGCGGAAAGAAGCUUCAAAAUCUCAUAAUCCAUAGGGAUCGCAGCUCUAAUCGUAAGAAUGUACAUUGAUGAAAUAGGAGAGAACAAUUUGAGUUGAUUGGAAGGAAGGAUAGGAGAUUUUGUAAAGGAUGGCUUGCAGAGGAUGCUUGGAAUGUCUGUUGAAGCUUUUUAACUUCUUGAUGACCGUUUCGGGUUUGGCUAUGGUGGGUUAUGGAAUCUACUUGCUAGUUGAGUACAAAAGGUCUACUGAUGAGUCCCAAGUGCUAUCACCUGUUGGAGGUGAUGAUAGUUUGAUACAACUUGGCAGACCAUUGCUGGCUGUGUCACUCUCUGCUAACAUUUUCGAUAACUUGCCCAAAGCUUGGUUCAUUUACUUAUUUAUUGGAAUUGGGGCAAUUCUCUUCGUCAUCUCGUGUUUUGGAUGUGUUGCAGCUGUUACUCGGAAUGGCUGCUGCUUGAGUUGUUAUUCAGUGUUGGUGGUUCUCUUAAUCUUGGCGGAGCUUGGAUGUGCAGCCUUUAUUUUCUUUGACAAAAGCUGGGAAGAAGAAAUCCCAACUGACAAAACUGGAGACUUUGACAAAAUAUAUGCUUUUCUGAAAGAGAACUGGAACAUUGCCAGAUGGGUCGCUCUCGGGGUUGUUGUUUUUGAGGCUGUGCUUUUCUUGUUAGCUCUUAUUGUGAGGGCGGCAAACAGGCCGGUGGAGUAUGACAGUGAUGACGAGAUCAUUGCCCCAAGGCAACAAAUCCGACAACCGUUGAUCGGCAGACCACCAGUUCCAGUGACAGGGGUACCUGUUUCUGGUAACCUUGAUCAGCGUCCAAGCAGAAAUGAUGCUUGGAGUACUCGCAUGAGGGAAAAGUAUGGGCUUGAUACUACUGAGUUUACAUACAAUCCAAAUGACUCGAGUAGAUUCCCGCAAGCUACCAAUCAACCAACAGAAGAAAGAAGCCGUUGCGCCAUCAUGUGAGAGAGCUUAAGAUUUUAACCGAACGAAAAGUUUAAUCUAAAGUUGGUGUCUGAAGACUGAUCAACGCGACCAUGGUUUGUAACCUCGAGCAUCUAAGAAUUCCCUUCGUCGAGUUUGUGUAGAACAGAAAACAGUCGAGUCCUUUUACUGUAUUGGUGUGUGUAUAAUUGUGUUGUUACUUUGGUGGAGUCAAUUUGAGUAUAUAGCUUGUUAUUCAAGUGGAUUCCACUUUGAGCAUAAUAUGAAAUUUAAGGUGCAUUUAUGAGACAUAAAAUUGAUUUUAGAAGGUGUUUAAUUGAACAUCAUUUUAUUUUUCUUUUUUAUUUGUAUUUUUCUAAGUUUUCAGUGUUGCAGUUUUACAGGGCAGAAUUACAUUUUUUUGGGUUGAUGUCUGUUGAUUUUCCAUCUUGAAGUGCGCAUCAGUAAUUGUAAUGAAUUGGCUCAACCGCAAUGCUAUUUUUGUCUUCUUUGUUAUGAAAAA